UUAAUCAGUUGGUCGGGGGCUUUUUAUAUUCUUCCUGUGGCUAUUAUUACUAUUCUUAUGAGACCAGGCGCAAUGUGUAAUAAACAAGAAUAUUUUUAAAAAAGAUUCCAAAAUGUUUUUUUUUUGCCUUGCCUUCAUUCUAAGAUCAGGAAUCUAUCAUUCCUCGAACUUUAUUCCCGGUCUCCUUGGUAUGAAUACUUGGUAUAGGUACUAUACCAGUGUUUAGAAGAUCCUUGCAUCUGCCCACAGGCACUCUCAUUGUUUAGUAUCUAGAUGAGGGAGAGUAUUCUGAGGCUGUAGUUCGAGUUAUCUCAGGUCAACCCCUAUGUAUCAUGUGAUGUGGCGCGCAUGACAUCAAAAACGACCUCGACCAGCAAAACAACAACACUGAAUGAGAAAGAAGAAGAAGAAGAAGAAGAAGAAAAAGAAUAACUGAUAAAUGUCCUUAUUUCUUACGCUUCUCCCCCCCGAAAUCCAUCUCCUCAUCAGCACCAAUCUCCUCUUCCCCGAUCUUCUUUAUCUCCGGCUCAGCUGCCGCUACUUUUAUAACCUCCUCCCCUCCCCUCGACACAAGGACCUCCUCCAAGCGGAGCAAACAACCUACGCCAUCGCAAAAAACAUCUACGCAUGUCGGUACUGUCUGCGUCUCCGGGUGGCGAGCCAAUUCGCCGACCGGAUGCUCCAGCGCCGUCGUCGCCGGGCUGGUCGUGAUGCGUGGAAGCGCUUCUGUGUGGAAUGCGGGCUUGCGCCGCGCUCUGGAGAGGCCCGGUAUGGACCUGGGGCACAGAUUGUGAUUCGGGGUGUUUUGCACGUUAUUUGUGUUUCUUGCGGGGAGUUUGGGUUGGGGGUUUACGACCGGCUCGGGAGGGGGAGGGAUUGGUGUGAGGGUUGUUGGCUGAGGAGGGAGUCUCCCUACGCAUCAUGCCACCACAGGUAAAAAGAUCGUGCCAUGCUGGAGAAGCGUGCUAAGUCUUUUAUGUAGGCUUUGCAUACAUACCCUUGAAUGUCGGACACAAUCUCAGCGAAAUCGGAGCUUUGUGGCUGCCCAAUAAGUGGAUGGCACCGUUCCC